CUGUUCGAAGCUUGACGAGAAGUAUACCCCGAAAUGAGUACCCCAAUGAGUGAACCGCCGGCCGGAGGCUUUUCAUUUGAAAACUGUCGAAGGAACCAUAUACUGCAGGAGAAAGGCUUUAAAGCACCUACAGCUUACAAAACUGGGACAACCAUCUGUGGUAUCGUUUUUAAGGAUGGCGUUGUACUCGGGGCAGAUACAAGAGCAACUGAAGACACAAUUGUAGCAGACAAGAACUGUGCCAAAAUCCACUACAUAGCUCCAAAUAUCUAUUGUUGUGGUGCGGGAACAGCUGCUGAUACAGAGAUGACCACGCAGAUGAUCUCAUCACAGUUAGAGCUGCACCAGCUGAACACAGGGAGAAUUCCCCGGGUCUGCACAGCCAAUAGGCUUCUCAAACAGAUGCUCUUCAGGUACCAUGGAUACAUUAGUGCUGCUCUGGUUCUGGGAGGAGUGGAUUCUAAAGGCCCUCACCUCUACAGCAUAUGGCCCCAUGGAUCAACCGAUAAGUUGCCUUUUGUCACCAUGGGCUCUGGUUCUCUGGCAGCCAUGGCUGUGUUUGAAGAUGGCUACAAACCAAACAUGGAGAGGGGCGAGGCGAUGACCCUGGUUAAGAAUGCCAUCCGAGCUGGAAUCUUCAACGACCUGGGCUCAGGCAGUAACGUGGACCUGUGUGUUAUCACCAGGGACAAAGUGGACUACCUCAGACCGUAUGAUGAGGCCAAUCUCAAGGGACAGAGACAAGGCAAGUACACAUACAAACGUGGUACGACAGCUGUGUUAACCAAGAACGUCAAGAAGCUGGAGUUUGAAGUUUUGUCAACAUCAGUGAGGGCUGAGCCAAUGGAAACUGCCUGAUCUUUGAGGGCCCGGCCAAUAGAGAAACUUGUUGAUGCGCGACAGCUCAACCAAUUGAUAAUGCCUGAUAGUUGAGGGCUCAAGCAAUGGAUAAUCCUGAUAAUUGAGGUCUUAACUAGUGGAUAUUGCCUGAUAAAUGAGGUCUUAACCAGUGGAUAUUGCCUGAUAUGUGACAACCCACAGGUAAUGCCUGAAAACAGCCAGUGACAUUCCUCUGCAUUCAGGCAGAUGUGAAUAUUUUCAUUCCUCGUGCGCACCAAAAUCCAUCAUCAAAGUCAAUCCAGUUUUUCAUUGACCCAUUUCAACUCAUUCCUCUUCUCGUAAACAGAAUUCUGAAACAGUUUUGUAACGUUUUAUUCUCGUUGCGGAUUUGUUGCACAAGAUGUCAUUCGCAAAAUAUAGAUUCAGAACUUAAUUGCUUCUUUUUAAUUAGUUUCUCUGCAGCUAUGCAAGUUAUAAUAGUUGUCUUGUGAAAUGUAACAGUCUUUUCAAGUUACCACUGGUAAGAUAAGGGUGUAUAUGAAUUUGGGGAAUAAAUUACUGGAUUGUGUACUUCAA